ACAAACUGCUGCUGCUGCUGCACCGACUUCUGCCAUCAGUAUUGCUGCUACAGACACCAGUGACCGACACGGCGUUCUUACUCUUAAAGUGACUUGGAAGAUGAGGGCUGCUAUCUCACUGCUGGUGCUGCUGCUCUCCAGGUGUGGAGUCCCGACAGAGAGCCAAGGCACUGACGCCUCUACCCAGGACGUCUCUGCUGAGCUGAAGGAACUCCGAGACAUGAUGGCGGAGCUGAAGACGCAGGUGGACAAUCUGAGGAGGGAAAACGCAGCUCAAGAGGCAGAGCUGACGGCCAUCAGAGCAGCACCCAAGGUGGCCUUCUCAGCGGCUCUGAGGGACUGGGGAUUUAGCCACAAGAAGGCCGAGACUGAUGACCUGGACGUGGUGUUCAACAAAGUCAUCACCAACGUAGGAGAGGCCUACAGCAGUGAGACUGGCUUCUUCACAGCUCCAGUCAGGGGGGUCUACUACGUCAGGUUCACUGCGAUGGAUAAACUGGACACGUAUGUCAAACGUGAGCGUUUCAUGUCCAUCCGGAUGCAUAAGAAUGGGGAGCUCCUAAUGCAGCUGUGGGAGAAGGACAAUCAGGAGUUUUACGUCUACCUGUCCAGUGGCCUGACUCUGCAGCUGGAGAAGGGAGACACAGUCAACAUGGUGAUACCAAAAAGCCUUAGGAUCUCGGACAGUAACGAGUACCAAAGCACCUUCAGUGGCUUCCUGCUCUUCCCUCUCGGGCCUUAGGCUAUAUGAUGAGGGCGCUACCCCUACACCUAACCCUGACCCUUAGGCAAUAUGAUGAGGGCCCUACCCCUAACCCUUAGGCAAUAUGAUGAAGGCUCAAUACCUUCAGUGGCAUCCUGAUCUUCCCUCUCUGAACGCCACAGCAUCACCAUGACUUCACACCACUCAUACUGGUGAUGAUUGAGAAAUGAUCAUGUAAAUCAUUAUCAUUUGUUUGAAAACGGAUAAAUGUAAAGCAUUGUCAUGAUCAAAUAAAUGUCAGCUAUACUGCAUAUCUGUUGGGUUAUUAUGCCACCUAUACUGCAUAUCUGUUGGGUUAUUAUGUCAGCUAUACUGCAUAUCUGUUGGGUUAUUAUGUCUCCUAUACUGCAUAUCUGUUGGGUUAUUAUUACACAAAGGGACUAUAUUGAC